AUGAUCUCUUCCGCUCGAAAUGGAAAGUUGAAACACUCCCCUCAUUCCACAGGACCGGAAGUUGAUAUCGACACUAACAAACAUUUGUUACCGUUAGUCACCCAAAGUCAUGUAUGUUUAACCUCGAAAUCUACUCGCUGUGACACAGUAGUUAGCACGCUACUCUCCCUAACCCUAACCCUAACCCUUCAUUUUCUUAGUCCCAAAUCCCGUGUUGCUGCUGUGGUUUCUGUACGUACACACACACGCACAUCUAUCUAUCUAUCUAUCUAUCUAUCUAUCUAUCUAUCUCUCUUUUAUAAUCUGCGAGAGUCAUUUCCUCCCUCUCUCUCUCUCUCUCUCUCUCUCUCUCUCUCUCUCUCUCUCUCUCUCUCUCUCUCUCUAUCUAUCUAUCUAUCUAUCUAUCUAUAUUUUUCUCUUUCCAUCUCUCUCCCAUUCUGUCUGUCUUUUCUCCCUCUCUCUCUCUUCCUCUCUCCCACUUCCCCCUCUCUCUCUAGAGACACACUCAAAAAAAAAAAAUAUAAGUUACGAAAAAAGAAAAUGAGCAGCGUACUCAUCGCGUUGGCGUCAUCCGGAAGUCAAACAAAGCCAUUUCCUUCUCUCUCUCCCUCUCUCUCUCUCUCUCUCUCUCUCUCUAUCUAUCUAUCUAUCUAUCUAUCUCUUUCUAUCUUCCUCUCUUUCUCUUUCCCCUUUUCUUUCUCUCCAUCUCUCUCUCUCUCUCUCUCUCUCUCUCUCUCUUUCUAUCUUUUCUUCCUCUCUCCCGUUUUCCUUGAUAAUUAA